AUGCCUACUCUCCCGGUUCAAAUGAAACGAUACAGGUUUACUCUGCCAAAAUCCGUAAAUACACCCGCACCGCUGACCGAACGAGGCAUUCAAGGUUUUGUCACCUAUGUGACCUCAUGGCUAGUAUUUCUUCUUUACUUAAUAUGGGCAUACAUUCCGCACGAAUAUUUACACGCUAUUGGAAUAACCUAUCUCCCUUCAAGAUGGUGGGCGAUAAUUAUACCAUGGGGACUUUUGGUUGUUCUCUUUGGUGGCAUUGGAAUAUACCUGUGGAUGAAUCGACGACUUGUUCAUCCAUUGUCAUCUAUUAAUCUCAUCUGCGACGCAACAAAUCCGGAGUUGGAUACUCUCCUGAGAAAUGACCUCAGCGAAGCGGACAGAGAAUACUUUGAGUCGCAACAGGAGAAGUACGCGUUCAUUCCAGAUGGCAGCGUUAUGCCACCCACCCUCGAUCUCAGCCUCGAUUGGGUUAAUAAGCAACUCUAUCUUCAGAGGCCUUUGAGUGCUGUGGACUCCUGA